UACUGAGACUGGGCUGUUUAAUCUUAUUUUAAUGAUGACAUCUUUACUAUUUCUUCUGAUUUUUUCUAUUUCUCGUGUUUUAUGAAAAGCACUUUGAAAUGUCUUUGUACAUAAAAUGUGCUUUACAAAUAAACUUGCCUGGCUUUAUUGCUCUAGUUAAUAAUAUUUAUAUAUAAUCCUUUUUCUAGUAAUUUUGUACUUUUUUUGGUGAGUUUAUCCUCAGGUUUGUAAGCUUUCUUUGACUUUUUUAGUUGUGGUCAACGUUUGCUUUUUUAACAUUGAUUAAGUAACUUGAAUAUUUUAACAAAUCUGUUAGACCUCUAAACUUAUUGUAAUCUUAAAUAAAAACCUUUAGAUUUUCAUGAUACACACUAGUAAUUUUUUUUUUUUUAAUUGAAGUCAUAAAGAUUUCAAAACACUAUCUUUUUGUUCUUGUGACUUUAACCUUCUGGUUUAUCAUUUUUACUGACUGAAGCUUUUGUGUGUUGUUCUUGCGUAGAGUGGAGGGAGAUGGUUCUGGAAGAUCAUGGCUGUAAAGGAGAAGUGGCUGUUUACUCUCAAGCAGGAAGGAUGUUUGUUUCCAGUGAAGGCUGGACACAGAUGGAGGGGGAACGACUCUGUAAUGAUCUGCAGUGUGGCUUAUUUAAGAGUAAAAGAGAAGUUUCAGGCACUGAUUCUUUCUGGAACAAAACCUUUAAAUGUCCAACUGAUGGAAAACCUGAAGGUAUCUGGAACUGUGAAACACAAACUCCUCCCUCACUCCAGAAGAAGAAGCUCUUCAUUGAAUGUCAAGAUCGCUCUAAGGUCAACCUGUCAGAUGGAUGUUCUGGACAACUAACAAUAGACUCUUCUCCAGUGUGCAACAAAAACUGGGACAUCAACUAUUCAAACAGAGUCUGUCAAGAACUGAACUGUGGUAAUGCCUUUGAUAAUUCUGAUUCAAAAUCUACAAAGGAUGGACUUCAUGUCAGCUGUGACCAACAUCACCACAUCCUGGGUCAGUGCCGCAGGACACAGGGAACGUGUUCAAGCUCCGUGUCCAUUUUCUGUUACAAAAAUAUAACGUUUCGUACAAGAGAAAAGUGUGGAGGCUCGCUUCAGGUAAAUUCUGGAAAACAAUGGGAAAGUGUUUGCAUUGGCACAGACACAAUGGCCGACAACUUGAUGAACAGCUUGUGCAAGGAGAUCGGCUGUGAAGCUAAAGGGACAGUUAAAAGAACAUCAAAGGAUUUCAGUGGUGGGAAAAAGCUCAACUGCCCAGCAGAUUACAGAGAUGUAAAGUACUGUGUGAGCAAAGAUACCUGUCAGAAUGACCAACAAGCGUUCAUCUGGUGUAAAGGUUACACACCAAAAGAACCAGAUCCAACCCCAACACCACCCCCACCUACCUCCACUAUCCUUAUAGGGUUGGGAGUCAGUUUGGUUGUGUUGAUUCUAAUUAUUGUAUUUAUCCGAAACCGGAUUCUCAGGAGAAAUCGGAAAUCCAGAGUUUUUCCACAAAUGUUUCCAGGCAGAGAAGAAGAUCUUGACAGUGAAAUGUAUGAAGAUAUACACAAAUCAGAUGAGAUGGAGGAGGACUUCAGACAGGAAAGUGAGUCACUUUUUUAUUGAAUCAGUUCAGCGAUCAUGACGUUCAUCCAUUUAGUCACUUCACAGACACAAAGUAACUCACAAACGAGCCAUGUAUUAAAGCCUGAGUUACAUGCACCUGUAAAGGGGGUUGACCCAUAAGAGUCUGUGGAUUUUUGGGUUUAUCUAUUCUUUACAGAUCAAUUGGUUUGGAUCACAGAGUUGAAGAUGCAUUUUUACUUUUGAGAUUGACGGAUGAAAGUGAAUUCUCAUUUUGGUGCCUCCAUGUUGUUUUCAGGAUUCUUUGCAGAAACCGAGUUUGUGAAGGAUGGACGAGCGCAGAGCUCUUCCUCUCUGCAGUACGAUGAUGUGGAUGAAGUGAAUGAGGCUCAUCCCCUGACCCCUAAAGGAUCAACUUCUGCUUCUUCAAGAGGGAACUUUGGACAGGAAGAAGUCUCACACCAAAACAAUGGAAAGUUCUGACAUUUUAAUGCAGAUUUGAACCAUUUAUUUGUUUUAUACUUUAAUAAUAAUAAUAAUAAAUUGUAUUUAUUCGCCGCCUUUCAUUUAACCCAAGGUCACCGAACAGGGAUAAAAGCACAAAUAUAAAAAUCUAAAAACAGUUGUGUUAAGUUAAGCUUAAAAGUUUAAAAAGACAUAUGCAUUGCAGUCAUGAAGAGUAGGCCAGUCUGAAAAGAUGGGUUUUGAGGCUGGAAAUGAAGAGAGGGAGUGAGUCCUGAGGCCAGGUGGGAGGGACUUCCAGAGUUGUGGGGCAGAACAACGGAAUGCCCUGCUCCCCAUGGUGACAAGGCGGGCGGUGGGGAUGACAAGUUGGAGAGAGGACAAGGUCCUGAGGGAGCGGACGGGAGUGGCGACUUGGAGUAGGUCAGAGAGAUAUGGCGGAGCGAGGUUAUGGAUGGUUUUGUGGGUUAGGAGAAGGAUUUUGUAAGUGAUCCGGUAGGUGAUGGGUAGCCUGUGAAGAUGCUUGAGUACGGGUGUGAAAUGGUGAAAGGAAGGAGUCUGUGAUAUGACGCGGGCAGCAGAGUUCUAGACCAGCUGGAGUUUCCGGAGAGUUUGUUGUGAAAGUCCUUACAGAAGAGAGUCACAAUAGUCCAGGCGAGACGUGACGAAGCUGUGAACCAGUACGGCGGUGGAAUGAGGGCUGAGGGAAGGGCGAAGACAGCAGAUGUUCCAGAGGUGGAGGGUGGCAGUCCCAGUGAUAUUGUCGAGGUGGGAAGUGUUGGAAAGAGUGCUGUCCAGGAUGACACCCAGGUUUUUAACUUGGGGGGGGUGGCUGAGGGAGUUGUCCAGAGGGAUGACGCAAUUAUUUAUUUUACUGAGAGUGGACUUUGUGCCUACCAGUAAAAGUUCUGUUUAGUUUGAGGAAAUUAGAGGUGAACCAGGAUUUUAUUGAGAGAAGGCAGCUGGUAAGGAAGGCAGAGUCUGGUU